UAUUCUCACUCCUCUUCCUCCUUACUUAUACUCCCUCCCCUGCCCCAAACCCCAAAGAAGAACAAGGGGGGAAAAAAGGAAGAAGAAAAAGCUUAGAUAUCGAUGGAGCAGAUCAAGACUGCGAUCGGAGACGCCGUCUUAACGUUCAUGUGGAUGUUCUGCGCCGCCACCAUUGCUCCGAUAACGGGCGUCAUCGCCGAGCAUUUCAAGAUCCAGAGCGUUCCGGUGGUCCUGGGGAUCACCGUCCUCAUAAUCGCUGCCCUGAUCUUGAUAUUUGAACCGAUCUCCGCUGCGAUGGGAAACGCGAGCUUUAAUGCUGUAAACAACGCCGCCUUCUACGCUGCUGGAGUCGGUGGCGAUACUUUGUUCACCAUGGCGAUAAGAUUCCCUGCUCAGGCUGUUGGAGCAGUGGGUGGUGUACUAGCGAUCAAAGAGGUGAUGCCUCCUCAAUACAAGAGCUUGCUUGGAGGGCCUUCGCUGAAGGUGGAUUUGCAUGUUGGGGCAAUGGCUGAAGGAAUUUUAACCUUCAUUAUUACUUUUGCUGUGCUUUGGAUAAUUAUCAAGGGUCCAAGUAAUGCUAUCCUUAGGAAUUUGAUGAUCGCCUUGGCGACUGUUGCAAUGAUUUUUUCAGGUGGCGCAUAUACAGGGCCAUCUAUGAAUCCAAUCAAUGCAUACGGAUGGGCAUACAUUGAUAACCGUCAUAAUACAUGGGAACAAUUCUACGUCUACUGGAUUCCCUCCUUCAUUGGUGCCAUUCUUGCUGCUUGGACUUUCAGGUUCAUUUUCCUGCGAACUUCAACUAAGAUGAAGAAGGCUUGAGGAGUUAGCAGAUCACAAUGGCCGAUCAUCUAAAUUCAAACGAUGAUCAGGUUCCCAAAUAGCAAACCAAAAUAGGCCGGCCUGCGAAUUCUUAUUUCCUGUAGUUGUAUUCUCUUGCUAGUAAUAAGUGGAUUGCUAUGGGGAAUGAUUAUAAACUCGAUGGUUUAUUUAAAAUCUUCUGAAAUGUAACGAGUCAUGGCCUCCUUAGUUGUCGCAAGUUACGGUGUAGGUGUUUCGAUGGUUGAAUGUGAUUUCAACAUUUAUUUUUUGAAAGUUUUGUAGUUUCAUAGGUUUAACUA